AUGACCAACCGCAUUUCAUUCCAGAACGCAUAUUUCGAGCGAUUGGUAGAUUUCCCCGUGGUGAUAUGCCGCGAAUGCCAGUAUGGUGUUUGGCCCAGCCAGAUCGAAGGCCAUUUACAGCGUGCCCACCAGCAUAUAUCUCCCAUAAUCCGGAUUCAGCUUGGCAAUGAGGUUCGCAGCUGGCCCAAUAUCGCCAUUGAUCCCAUUGAGCUGGAGAUUCCACCAACCCGAACCCAGGCCAUUCCCCAGCUCAUUGGCCCAUUGGAUGGUUGGCAAUGUCAAUUAUCACCACAGUCAUGUGUAUAUAUAUGUCAGAGUAUCAAUGCCAUGCGGAACCAUUGGUAUAACCAGCACGGCUGGAGCCGGACUUCCCACCGAGGCCACCCCACGAGAUCCACCAUGCAGACCAUCCAGGAGCAGCAGAAACAGGCGUGUCGACGGGUUCCAUGCCAGCGAAUAUUCCCCCGGAAGACCGGGUCCCAGUAUUUCGCCAUUAUCGAUGAAAAAGAGGACUCCGAUCCCAUUCCCACCACACCUGGAUCCAUGAUUUGGGAACAAGCCAGCCGGCAAUAUGCGGAGUACGAGAAGCAAGCCGCGGAGCAGAUCCAGCACGGCCAUAUUGAUGAGGCCAAUCCGUGGCUCCGUCGGACGGGCUGGGUGCCAUAUCUGCACCCAUUUUCCAGUACCCAGUUGUUGGAAUAUAUCGACAUGCCCGCCAUGGACGACGCUGUGAACCACUCCCCUGUGGCCGAUCUCGACGAACAUGCCAUCCAGGCCAUAUGUGUAACGGAGCGAGAAAAGGUCAAGGUAAAACGUAUGACAUAG